GUGAGGCGUUCGGGAUAAGAUGAACAAGGAUCGAUUGGUCAGGCCUGGGUGAAGGGAAAUGGAAGUCUGCAGACGGGGAUAAGAGAUUGAAAUCCGAAUGUGGAACUUUGUGUUUGUCUGUGCGGAAAUACUUUAAGGGAAAUGUCUCUUCGGACCUUUUGUGUGUGUUACCUUUCAUGCGCAAACCAUUAAUGGGACAAAGGACUAGUAGAUUCCUCUCAGAUUUGAUUACUGAUUUGAUCAGAUGAGCAGCCUCAGUCAGUACAGUGAACAGACCGACAACAGCAACAGCCUCCAUUCCAGAGCUGCCUCUCCUCAGCCCAUGACUGCUGCACUACAGCAUGUAGACAGCAGUGCUUUCUCCUGGAGCUUUUGCAAAUGAAAAUGGAGGACGUGUCUCUGUCCAGUAUGGACAACAGUAAGAUGGAGGGCUUUGCUCAAGAGAUCCUGUCUGACCUGGUGGAGGAUGCCUGUUUGGGUCUUUGUUUUGAGGUUCACAGGGCUGUCAAACAGGGAUACUUUUUCCUGGAUGAUACUGACCAGGAGAGUAUGAAGGACUUUGAAAUAGUGGACCAGCCUGGUGUGGACAUUUUCGGUCAGGUGUACAACCAGUGGAAAAACAAAGAGUGCGUGUGUCCCAACUGCAGCCGAAGCAUUGCUGCCUCACGCUUUGCUCCUCACCUGGAGAAAUGCCUCGGCAUGGGCCGCAACAGCAGUCGCAUUGCCAACCGCAGAAUUGCGAGUGGCAACAACACGAACAAAUCAGAGAGCGAUCAAGAGGACAAUGAUGAUGUCAACGACAAUGACUGGUCUUAUGGGGCAGAAAAGAAAGCCAAGAAGAGAAAGUCAGAUAAGGUAUUUUUACAUUCUUUGAAACAACCUGUACACUUGAAUCCAAAUUCACCAAGAAGAUCCAAAUCCAUGAAACAUAAAAAUGGUAGACUGAACUGAAGAAACAUACCGGAGAAAAUUUCCACGUCAAAGAAGGCGGAGCCGCAGAGCACACCUACUCAUUAUGUAAUCGUCACGGACCAGUGGUAGUUCGAAGGCGUUUACCAGCUGGAGCAAACUUUUCCAGAAAGUUCACUUUGGAAAGCUGUUCCGAACACCCGAAGUGAACUCCGACUGAUUUUUGUUCGAAAUGACAUCACACCAGUUCAUUCUUCGAUUUCGCUUGAAGUAUAUGGGGCCUAUAGGGGCUGUUCACACAGAAUGUGUUUCUGGAUGCUUUUACUUUAAUGUUGAACUUCUUUAGCUCAAUUGUCAAACACAACUAUCUGGUGCAUGUUUACAAAGGAAAACAAUAGAAAGCUGUGCAACGAAAUACAAAAACACAUUGUGUGUGAACGGCCCCUUAAGUUGCUUUCAGCAAGUUCAAGGUCCAUUUUGAAAGCUUUACAUGCCAGUUAAAAAAUGUUGUAAGUGAUAACGUAUGCUAACAGUCAGCCGUCUUGGAGUCAUUGAAAGUUAUUGAUGAUAAUUUAAGACGUUUUAAUUAACUGUAUAGUGAAUGGUUUUCUUGAAGCUUUGCUGGGUCCUAAGCGACGUGUGGAGAACCAGGACAGUUUGUGCAUGUUGCUAAGAGACAAGACAUUCUCUCAGUAGCUGUGGGUAUCAGGAGUCACUAACUACUCACAGUGCCACACACAGUUCACUUUAUCACAGAAUUGUGUGAUCUGAAUUAUGCUGAUCAGUGGAGGAGACGUGGACUAAUUCUUCUGUCAUUCAGUUUACAUUGUUUCUUUUUCCAUUUUCGUCUUCAGAAAUUUUUUGCACAAUCUCUCAUAUCCUGCUCAUGCAGCUUUAAUGGCUGGUCUCUCAAAAAUGACACAUCUAGAAUAGAGGAGCUUGCACGAUUCUCUCAGGGAGGAAGUUAGAACUCAUCAUAUCGGCAGACAGACGCUGGGCCAGUUGAGCUCUCCCAUCACUAAGGUGCAGGAUUCUUUCUAAAUGAAACUGAAAUGAAAUUCUCAUUCUGGGAGGAUUUUGCAACAGUUAGUCAUGAAAUUAAAGAUUAAUAGCAAAAAAAUUAAGAUCAUAAAUCAGUGUCAACAGUUUCCCAUCAGGUAAUUACUACAGUUUUUUUUAUUGCAUUCUUUUGGAGAAUCAUGAUCCAGUAGAGUAUUUUUAUUUCUCUGUAGUUCAGUAGCCAAAGUGUGGUACAGUUGUACUAUAUUAUGUCACUAGUUCUAUAGCACAUUAUCAUACUACAUUUUUUUUUUCAAUAGUAAGUUAUUGGUUACAAAGAGCGCAAGGACAGUUUGACAUAGAUCUCCAAAAAGGAUUAAGGCUUGAGAAUAUCUUUAUCAUUGUAAUUUUUUUUUUCUUUUCUCAAUUUUUUUAUUUUUUUUUUUAUGUAUUAGAUGUUUACAGUGUAAGGUGUCCUGUGCGGUCUCACUUUGUUUGUGACUGUGUAUAUAUAUAUUUGACUAGGUGAAAGAUGCUGCUAUCCUGACCGUGAGCCAUACGCUUAUGGGCAUGUCAUCCAUGUAAUAAAGAUCAGAACUCUGAA